UAGUUACAGCAAUGAGAAACCUUAUUCUAACCUGGACAUUUCUCUUUAUUUUACAUCUGACCAAAGAGGACACUUCAGUGCAAAAGCUGAGUGCCCCAGAAAAGCAUUUUCUUGUCCUGAUGUGUUCUGACGCUCCAUAUGUUGACUGGAGCCAUGGGCUGGAAAGGGUGAUCGCCUCUAGACGAGGAAAGCAGGUGUCUUACCUGGACCAAAGCAAACACCAGCUGCUUGAAGACGGCCAGCUCUCCAUUAAAGACCUGCAGGAGUCAGACGCAGGAGAAUAUUACUGCAACCAUCAGCUAGUGGCAGAUAUCACUGUGCUCAAAGGCCAUAACUUUACAGUUCCUGAGGGCACAACUGUUUAUCUGCCAUGUAAGACGUCUGAUAAAAUGAAGCAGAGAUGGGCAUUCAAACGCACUCCUCAGUCCAGAAAAGAGUUCAUCUCCACGCUUUAUAAAAACAGCACCAUAAAGAAAGAGAGAGUUGAUCCAACAUUAAGAUUCACUCAUACCAUCAACCACCUGAUUAUCUCCAAUCUCCAGCUGCAGGACUCUGGGCUUUAUCUGUGCAACAACAGAGAGAUGGCUUUCCUUACGGUGACCACAGAAUCGACUGAAAUUGAAAACAGCAGUCCAGAUAUAAAUAAAUAUCUGACAGUGGCCGUUCUGCUGGCUUUGUGCAUACUGGCGAUGGUUUGUGUUGGCCUUCUGUCUGUGACGAUCGGCUGGAAAAGCAGGAGAAGGAGAAGAAACAUUAGAAAAGAAACAGAGCCGACAGACAUUGCAUCAGGUCUACAAUUACAAAGGAUGUCAAAUGAAGGCCCCUGGAUGUUGGACAUUGAUGAGGAUGCAGGGGAAAUCCAGUACGCGUCUCUGGGUGUGCAGCACUGGAGAGAGACAGACAGACAGCUGAGCAGCAGACAGCAUGUCAUUUACUCCACACUGAUCACGUCAUGAAAACAACACACUCAUUUACACUGGAUACAUACAGUCAAUAUGAGAAUACACUUAAAAACACCUCAUAUAGAACU